UUUCAGUUUGUGCUUGUGAUCAGAUGAACACACCGGCCUUUUCCCUGGUCACGUAAAGACAAAAAAGAAGUGGAAGAAAAAAACAACACUUCGGUCAAGAAAGACGUCGGCGACAUCCCACCUACGAUUGUUGUCGUCGGGAAACCAUGCCGCCGUGUAUUCGGCCGUCUGUAACAGCCAUCUCGCGUUGUCUUAAAGCCUCGUCCAGAUGAUCUUUUUCUCAAACGUAAUAGCCACCUUAUUAUGGACUCAAGACGUUUAUAACUGAUCUGGUAGUGUGACGUUGGAGGAAUUGGCGACCACACUUCAAACAAAAGCAGCGCAGGCAGUGAUUGUUGCGACCGACCCGAGAACUCUGAGAGAGAGAGAGAGAGAGAAAAGGAAAAUAUCGACGAAACAAUUUAUCCGUGGAGCGCUUGGGUUUUCGGCGUGUUUGUGUGUACACAGCGAGUUAAGCGAGUGGGAAAACACGCCAGAGCUAUUCAUGAUGAACUUGGAGAUUCCAGACGGUCUAGGAGACCUGCUGAGGGACUUCACGGUGGCCGUGCUGCGCGAGAGACCCGGAGAUCUCUACGACUUCGCCGUCGAGUACUUCACCAAGACGCGGGAGCGGAAGAGACCGAAGGAGAUCCCGAUGUACAUCAUCGUGGAAGACGACGAAGACGCCGCCGAGCCGGACAAGACGGCGUUCAAACCGCGCAACAACCGAGGCAGGUACGCCAGACGACAGUCCGUCUCCGCCGAGCGGUAUGACCCGGAAGAAGACGAUAGCGACGAGGACAAGGUCACGUUCGCCAAGACCGACGACCAGAGAGAGAGGCUGUUGGAAGCUGUUGGCGGGAUUCUUCUUUUCAGGAGUCUGGAUGUGGAGCAGAUGCAGGAGGUGAUAGAUGCCAUGUUCGAACGCGUCGUGUGUCCCGGAGAAAUGGUCAUCAAACAAGGGGAGGACGGAGAUAACUUCUACGUUAUCGACAAAGGCGUGUACGACGUGCUGGUCGACAUCAAAGGAGAGCAGAAGAAAGUCCACCAGUUCGAGAACAGAGGCAGUUUCGGCGAGCUCGCCUUGAUGUACAAUAUGCCUCGCUCCGCCACGGUGGUCGCCGUCUCGGAGGGAACCCUCUGGGCCAUGGACAGAAAGUCCUUCAGAAGGAUCGUUCUGAAAAGUGCCUUCAGGAAAAGGAAGAAAUACGAGAAGCUUCUGGAGUCGGUGACGAUUCUGCAGUGUCUGGACGGAUACGAGAGGAUGAGGCUGGCCGACGCUCUGGUCACGAGGGUGUUCGACGACGGGGAGGCCAUCAUCGAACAGGGCGACGACGCCGACGGGAUGUACUUCGUCGAGGACGGACAUAUACGCGUCACCAUCAACGGCGAAGACGACCACGAGCAAGAAAUAGCCACGCGGUCAACGGGGACGUAUUUCGGGGAACUAGCUCUUAUAGAAAAUAAGCCCAGAACAGCGAACGUGUACGCUGUGGGCAAAGUCAAAUCGGCGUUUCUAGAUCGAGGCUGUUUCGAAAGACUUCUUGGAUCCUGUGUGGACAUCAUGAAAAGGAACAGCCAGCUAUAUACUAUGUAUGUCGCAAAAUGAAUGAUGUUUUCUUUCGGUUUUUUUUUUUUUUUUUUUUUGUGUGGCUCUUGUCAGUAAGUGGAGAAGAACGACCCACCAUAUUAUGUGUUUCCAUUUAAUUACAUCCCUGUCAUUUUACAUUCAAUUCUUUAGUACCUUGAGCAUAUUAGCUUAUUGGUACAUGGCCCCUUUGGUUUUUGGAAAACGCCAACAACAACAACAACAACAACAAAAAGAACACACAUUUGUAUUCUGAAGUUGAACUGUUUUAACAUGCCCCUAUACCACUAGGGUUUCAGGCAUGUCCAUCCCGGGUCCGGUCUCGGGAAAGUCCAUGGACCUGAUCCGUGAUAUAUUUUUAUUCUAUUUGUGACUCAAAGUGACUAAUCUGUGGAAGUUUGAGUGAAGGAGGAAGAUUCCUAUUGUUCUACUAAACUACAUCCCUGUCAUUUACAUGGCCAUUUUAUUUGCGUCUGAAAUCAGCCAGUUGUAUUCUAUGUAUGUCGCAAAGUGAGUAAAUUGCGACGAUCACAGUGAGCGACGGUCGUGUGUUCACGGUGUUGUGUUAUAAUUGCACGUGUGUCAUUGUAAGUGUUUUAGCCAAUUUACUCGCAACAGGAGAGGAAAUGGAUUUACUGUAGCCUACGAGUUCCCGUGUUGUUGUUGGUAUGUGCUUCAGGAAUAAAAAAAACGUUGGUGUAAGCAAACAGGUCCGGAAAGACGAACUACAAUUUCAAGCCAUGUCUGAAUGCAUCUACCCAUUCCUUAUGGUGAACUUUACCGGCAGUAUAAUAUGAAAAAUUAAAACAAUAAAGACAAAACAAAACAAAGUAAAACAUAAAAAGACAAAGAAGAACGAAUGCAAAAAACGGAAUAAACAUAGACAUUUCUGAAGCAAAUAUAUUAUAGUUUAAAAAGCGGUGACCUUGCUAUUAGGCGGUGUAAACAUUUUUGGAUCUGCUUCUUCUUGUUUUACCUUUAUAAUACACAUUACUUAUUUUUUAAUUUCUUUCUGAAAGCAUCAGUUUUAGCGAUACGAUUAUGGAUUCGCGCGUCCCUAAAAUCUAGGGUCAGUGAGUUUAAAGUAAUGUCUGUCUUGCACAGAAACCUGCCAGAUGUUCGGGUUUUUUUAAAUUUUAUUAUUUUGUUUUUUUUAAUUUAAUUUUUUUUCCCUUUCAACUGUAGCAUAAUAUAUGACAUUUGAAGACUACGAUAUUACGUCAUCGUCAUGCCGGAUCGAAGAUGAUAUUAUUGAGUUUGUGUACCAUUUCGUUAGCAUCUAUUUUAGUCAUUCGUAUGUCUUUACAGAAAUAAUUUACGUUUCUUAAAUAGAAGAGAGAAACAUGAUACCUACGACGAAAUGUUUUAAUAUUGAUUAGAUAUCUGUCUACAACAUUUUUUUGUCUUCUUAUCGAAUGCAUAAUGGAAUUGAGCAGAUGUUUUGACUCUCACUCCAAUCAGGGGGCGGGAUAUAGCUCCAGCCAGUGCACCACGACUGGUAUAUCAAAGGCCGUGGUAUGUACUAUCCUGUCCGUGGGAUGGUGCACAUAAAAGAUCCCUUUGCUGCAUUAGGAUAAAUGUAACGGA